CAAAGCUCUGCAGUAGACAUGGGUGAACGAGUCUCAAUAAAUGAAGUAAAGUUGAACGGUUAUUAUUGUUAGAACUUAAGUCGGGACACCUGUCACAGGAAACCCCGCUGUUUCCAGAAUUCUUUGACCCCUUAUCGAUAGUAAAUAACGUGGAUUAAGUUUGCUACAGGUAAAGAUUAUAGGCCUCAGCAUGACAGCAAUGUAUGUCUUCAGUACCGAUAAGCUGUAUGGGAUUGUUUGUAUGCUCUGCAUAGUUUUUCCCAAAAUUGGCCUGACACGAUUGACUUCAGUCGCCGUUGGUAGGAGAAAAAACAAGCUGCUGAUCGUUAACUAUGCCUUUGCCGUACUGCUCCCUGUGUCCUCAGGGUUUCUUGAAUAAAAUCGCUUGCAAAUUCUUUGUGAAUUUGAUUUGUGUUUCCACUUCGUACAUCUCUUAUAAAACAUGAAACGGCCGCAUCACGUUAUCCGGUCAUUAGUUAGAUUUUUUGCUGUUUUAAAGGUGACCAUCAUGUGUAACUCCCGACUCUGACUCACCAGGUCUGAGACGCAUGCGAUAUGUCCAUCGAAUUACUUUGUAAAUAUUUUUGUAGGCCAGAAGAUCAAAACGCCCCGGUCGGACAAGGAAAUGACUAUUCAAGGUUGUUUUUUUUUUACCAGGCCCCACUUUUCGGCGUAUAACCAUUCCCUGUCUUCAUUGAUCGUCCACAUCCACAGUCUUUUCAAGACAUUUCUCCUGAAACCUUUGUAUUUCUAGAGCAGGUGUCCUUAAGCGCGUUUGAACGGUUCUAGACUUGUAAGAAUAGUCUUUCAUAUUUUAGGUGAAAAAGCAUUACAGUGUCCAGCCUGUUCCGGUGUAUACGGGACAAAAAGGGGACUUCAGAAGCACAUGAAUAAAAAGCAUCCUGGUAAAUAUAUUCCUUUAUUUGCACAGGCCAUAGCGUCGGUGUCAUCCUUCCUUCUUACGACACAUUCUUCAUUAGACUUUUUUUUAAAGUGCCGAGAAGACAGGUUUUGCAGUUAGCUUCACUUCUGACUACCACUCGUGUCCACAGGUGAUGGAGGGUAAAGUGGCCUUCAUCGAAGGUGUGGUGGAGUAUAAACAAGUAACAGACGAAUAAGCAGUCGCGGACCAUAAGGCAAGAGCAGGGCACUAAUUUGACAAAUUAAUCACGAAGGGCCACACGACGAAUGUUGCUUCUCCCGCCGCCGUCGCCUUGCAGAUUAAGGUUCCAUCCACACUUCGGGCGGGACAGGGGAUCUUGCCUUUAUAGUAAGACCGUGGGUCUCCGCAAAAUGCAUGCCGUAGUCUCUAAAACCGACAAAACCGGUACUGUUGCUGACUGAAAUAAUGUACAAAGUAUGUCUUCAUUAGAGUUUAACAUGUGAGUGCUUGCGCUUCAUUUUCCAUGGCCUCAACCCCUCGUGCUCGACUGAACGACACUGACGCAUUCGUCUCAAUGCUUCGCCCAAUUUUCUUUCUAAUCGCUGUCGAAGGUGGUGUACUGUUUAAGUUGUAAAACCUCAGAAUGAUUGCCGAGCAUUUCACAGUCCACUCCAUCUCUCCCCAUGAUUUCGUUGGUUUUUUCCAUUGACGUUACCGUGAAACCGCGUAUACUUCAAUGCCGAAGUAGCUGUAAGACUCAACGAGCGGCCAUUCGCGAGUUGUAUGUUUUCUUUAUUCAGUAAUCACACCGCUGUUUCUGUCAUCCUAGAGCUGCCUCCUAUACAGCUUUCACGUACGUUGUUUCUUCUCUACAUUGACCUGUCUGGUUUGUGCUUUGGAGUUAUGCUUGCUCUGUUGGUUCUAUCUGAUUACUCUGCUCACAGUCUUCUUUGCUUCUCCUCCCCCACCCUCCCCUGCGACUUACCGCCUUUUAUUAAAAAGGACCACGUAUACUUGAUUUGUCCUUAACUAUCACACGCUUUUUGCGCCUAACCUAGAGGACUGUUGUUUCCAUCUUGACUUUAGCCGGGUUGGAUAAGCCAAAGACGGUCCGCAAGCCGUUAGGAGUGGCCAGCUUCAUACAGUUCUCAGGUAUUUUGGCACGUAACCAUAUUCUCAGGUUUUUAUAGAUUUGUGCGGUACGUGGAAGUAUUUAGUUGUCGCUCACUGGUCUUUUGAACCACUAGUUCCUGUCUGUGUGCUAUCGCCCCACUGAUAAUAUUCAACUUUUCCACAUGCCCUCUAGAGCGUCUCAUCUCCAAGGAGAAGGCAGCUGCCAAAAGAAAGCUCCAUGGAGAAGUUUUCUACGAUGGUAAUGUCACAGCCUUAUGUUGCACUGAUUAAAUGACGGCUCUUUGAGUAUCCCACCUUAUCUGUUUUCUUUCUCUAGACGAGGAAGUCAAGACGGAGACGGCUUCCAGUGGUAAGUGCAAUACUUGUACAAGGAGUUUACGCUACUGCAGCUACUGACUUUGCCAUGAAUUGUCUCUUGUCUUCCGAAUGCUUUCUUACGCAGGCGCUGAGAACGUCCGCGAGACGCCUUCAAAAAGACGUCGGAUUUCUCCCGGGAAGCCUUCCACAACAGGUAAUACAGACACGCUAUAAUUUCUUUUGACGGUUGCUUAAGAGUUACUAUAAUCUUUUGGGUUAAAAACCCUGGUUCUGAUGGGUCACUCGUCUUUUUCUUGACGUACCUAGUUGUCUGUUCCUGCGUCUCUUUUAUCCUCAUCCCUAUGCUCUCCACAAUGUCUUGCACUUGUUUUCAGUAGUAUCUUACCCCAAAAGCCCUAAAUCUAGAGCUCUCGAUUUAUUCGCCGGUCGAAAUAUUUGGCGGCCAUUGUGGACUGUGUUUGCUUGGACGGCAGAUGUUUGUUUGCCCUCGACAGUUCGACUGUCGUGACUGACGAUGUCCACCGUGUGCCCCACAGCAGGGAGGGAGCAGGGUUGAUGACUUACGCGUGAGUUAGUUUAUAGUUAUAUUAGGCUUGUGCGGCAUCUACCACGCUCCUCCUCCCCAAUUUGGAUCCGGUGCCAAGACAGAGCCAAGGAAACCGGAGGCGGGAGAGGGAGCAGAUGGUUGGGCAGACGAUUGGGACAACAAAAACCAGCACCUAGGCGCACCACCACACCCCCUGGUUUGCAACGUACACUGACCCGAGAUUUUUACAGCAAGAAAAAUAGGGGGAGGUGAGACGGAUCCCAGAUGGCGAGACGUGAGCUCGCCACAGGGCGUUCCAACCGUGUUUGCGCCCACCGCUCGAAUCACAAAACCGAAUAUCUGUAAUCGGCUGACCUAAUGGCGAAUUAUCAAUCCCUCAAAGGUAAUAUAGUGUGCCGUGUAGCUCGACAGUGUGUAUGUAAAGGGCAUUAAUUAAAAUCUUUGGAACGCAGCGUGUCUGCCUGAAGGUUGAGCAUUUUUGAGAGCUUCGCCGGGGCUAGCUCGGAAAGGUUACAGGCAGAUUGGAUGAUUAAGAUAAUUUUACACCGAAGUUCAGCACGUUUACAGUGAGCCGGACACUUUCGUUCCCCAGCCUCAUUGAGUAGGUCAGGCAUGGCCUAUGCUUAUUUAUGGUCUCCAUGUCAACGCAUUAGUCAAAUAGUAGCUUAAAUGCUCAUUUCUCGGCUUUCGGUUGUGCUCACAACCGAUGGGACAUCAGCUUGAGUCACGCGUCCGGAUCAUCGUUCAGGGUAAUACUACCACAUAAUUCCUCUUAGGUGGUGAUUUGAAUGAACCUCAAGGGUACAGCAGGUCCCUCUAUCCAACCAUUUGCAGAGCUUUCCACGUACUGCUAACAUCAAACCUUGAUGAAUUUCGUAUCAAGGGUAGAGCACAGCAUAAGUUAUCCUUUCUUUGUCUACGCGCAUGUUUUCUUUAGAAUAAAUACUUAAGAAUGCAAGCUCUUGCUAGUAUGUUUCACUAUCGUCCAGCUAUCCAAAUGAAGUUAUCCUUUAUUUUUAGCUACUGAGCCACUGACCUGUAGUUGGUGCGAACGAACUUUCUCAGACGAAAGUCGUCUCCGCAUGCACACGGCUUCAGAACAUGGGAGUAAGUUACCAGCUUUACAUUCUCGUGUUUGACCCAUUGGAAUGUGUUCACAUCCCCUUUCUUUUCGUCAGAAACUUUGCCAAGACCUUCUGUUCUGAAUGAACGGACCAGACAGGGCCUUUCGGAACUGGCCUUGACGCCCCAAAAGACGGGCUCACAGACCACACUCAAUCUCAAUCCGAAGGAGUAUGCGGCCAUCGAGAAAGGUAACAAUACCGUACCUCCCGCCCCUUGUUGUUGAUGCUUUGCAUGCAUUGAGUGAUUUUCCCACAGUCUUCGCUCCGCAUCCCAUGUUCAUCGCCAACAUUAUCAGAGUUUGGUCUCUCUUCUUAGAAAUUCUUUCACAAAGACGUUUGCCUUGGGUUGAUUUGUCCAAGGAUAGACCCCUUGUUGACGCUUACCUCAAGCGUGAUGACACUGCGAAGACGGAGGUGCCGAUCAGUUCGCCCCCUAAAGAACCCGUCAUACCCACACCACAGAAAGAAACUGUUGAACCAAAACCGAAACGUGAGCUGCUCAGAACUGCCUUGUCCUGUUUGACGGCUUCGGAAAAUGUACUGUCCUAUAAUCUUUGUUUUCCUUCCUGUUGUAGCAGUCCCACCAGUGGUUGGUAAGUCUUUUAUUUUUGGCUUUAUUCAUAAUCCAAAAAUAAACGCUGGUGUGGAAGACUUCUGGUGCCUGACUGAAACGCGAAAAACUCGUCGGAAACCUUUAGUUGCUACUUUAAGCUGAUAUUUCUAGAAAAUUCCGGCACUGGUUCGCAGACGGAUUUACAUAAGUAUCUAGUGGUGGCCUCGAAACUUAAUCCUCAUUAAUUUCUUGGCUAAUAUCUGUACAUUGCUUCUUUUUCCGACGGACCUCAUCCUUUUCAUCCUUAUUUCUGCUUUUAUUUACAGCUCGCCAACCACCUAAAGGUAAUUACUUCCCAUCUGCAUCAUGUGUAAUGCACAGUACAAGUCGUACCGUUUUAGUGAAGCUUGCCUUCUCAAGCCAGAUGUGAUUUGGAGAGAAAGUAUGGUAACCGGACGAUUCACUGUACUGAAGUUAUAACUUGCCUGGCUAGUCACUUGGUGGCAUUUACUAAUCUAGUAGAAUUGUACCACAGAAUCCAGGCUUUCCUCUUUGCCUUGGAGAUCCGGUUGCGUAGAAAGGGAGACUGAAAUGAUAUUUUGCAGUCGUCAUUCAGCGUCGACCCAACUACAUGCCGAGAAGACCAGAACCAACUGACAGAGCCUCUGGCUCAGUGACCAUCUGCACCCGGGUUUCAGCCUCAGGUCUUCUUGGCCUGCGCUUGUGAUCUAGCUAAUGUACCCCUCCAAGCCAUCCAGAAAUGACCACUCCAGUCUUACCUGUAAAUGGCAAUAAUGCUUCUUGGACCUAAACACUCUUUGUGCGCAACGGGGAAAGAACUUAUGUCCGAUCUAAAACUAAGCAACGUUCGGCACAUCGACUCGAAAGGUAGGUUGUCCGUCACAAGGUAGGCCAUAGGAUGGUCCUCAUGAACCCGCAAAAGUUAGAUACCGUGAACCCCUGGCUCUGCGAGGUACAAAUUUGGGCGAUGAAGCUACCGGCUUCCUUUCAUAGUGUAUUUGUCGUCAAUCUAUCCUGUAUCAUAUUCCUUCCUUCGAACUUCCUUUUUAGCAGUUUUCAUACCGCAAGUGGUCAAGCGUAAGUCUCCUUCCUUUUCUUGCAUCAAUACUCAACCACUGCAAUUACCACUAGAGUUAUUAUCGUUUGCUGCUUUUGCUUCCGAUCUUUGUAACGCUCACUAGUUACUACUUUUAUGUACACCUUUUUUUCUAGCAGAGAAGAUAAUCGAACGUACGUUUUCGUAUGCUUUUUCGUAUCCUAUAAGCUGUCUCUGUUGGAUGACCAAAAAGUAAAGUCCUUUUCCCUUUCAGCUGUGGACGACGAAACCCGUAAGUCCCAACCAGGAUAUUUUAGCCAUUUUCCAAGUCUUUCUAAAAUCCACGAACGAGAAGCUUAGAAGGUCCUAGUUCACCAUGUUCAUCUUUGUAAAAGAAACCGUCCACCAUUCCUCGACUGGAAGCUCGUCGCCAGUUGUCUAUGUAGUCGGGUCCAAGUGUUCCAAUGGUUAUUCUUACAAAGGAUUUGGCGGACGUUGCGUUUUUUGCCACUUUGUGCUCGAACCGUUCCUUCCCUUUGAUUGCUAUCAAUUCCUAGACUGGUCUUCCCCAAAGCUUCAAUGAAGCGAACAUUGUUUUAAUGUCCCUUCGGCCGCACCUAGUAAAAAAGACGGUUGUUAGUGGAUUAAUAUUUACAGAUCUGCUUUGAAGGACGGCAUCCCAGUCAAGUGCAGGGCCACGUGCCAUCCUUCUGGACCUAGCGCUCUACAAGCAUCUGUUAUGCCAUGGCCUUCGCAGCCCGGUAUGCGCUGGCAGUUCUUUGACACCUGAUUCCCUGCCGGUAGAUGCGCUUGCGCUCCCGCUGGGCACACAGGUUGUGAGUAUGGCUGCCCAGUCAUUCUCGUCCUCUGAUUCGUUGUGGUGUUGUUGGUUAAAAUCUUGGUUAGUUGUUGUGUGGACCCAGGGGGUGUGGAGUGGAGCGCCAAAGUGCCGUAUCGGCCGCACCAUCCACCAACGCCCUCCCCCACCUUCUUGACUCUGCCUUGACACCGGGCUCAGGUGGAGAAGGAGACAGUGCAGUAGAUGCAGCAUAAGUCUAAACUACUUCAGGCGCAACUCACCAUGUCUGCUUCACCUUGUUGUGGAGCACACGGUGGAUAUCGUCGGUAACGACGAUCGAAAUGUCAUGUCACACCCUCACCUGCUAGAAAGCGACGUUUUUGCAGAACUAACAGUUGUUCGUAGUCCGUUACACACGCAGGACCAUUUCGACCCAUGUGUCACAACUGGCAUCAGUUUUUUAAUUCCUUGGGUGCGCACGGAAAAUCUUUUCACCAUAUCUCUAACGAAGAUACGAAUUAAGUGUCCAGACGGGCGUUUCACUGAUUCCAUGUUACUGUGUGAUGUAGAUGCAGGAGAUUCGACUCAUCAGCUCGUCCCCUAACCUUUCCCGUCUGUACCUUGACUUUCAGAGCAAAAGCCGUAGUUUCAUUUAAAAUCAAUGGAUGCUGUCUGAAUGGAUACUGGAAACCACAGGGAAAACACUAGGCGACCUAUUGAAGAGCCAAAGUCCUCGUAGUUGCAUCAUGCAGCAGCAGGGUAUUAGUGGAACACUUACCUGUGUUUAUAGUCUGCAGGGACGGCUUUCUGUGUAUACCGCGUAUACUGCUUACUACUCGUUUGGACGAUUUAACCAUGAAGCCAUUUCCCAGGCCUUUGCAUAAAUUUCCGAAUUAAACUCUACUCCAAGGUAGUCCAUUAAUUUCACAGGACGAUAUGUUAUGUAUGCCACUAUCCGUUAUAGUAGUAGGUCUGCGUACCAUAACCCGUAUUUUUCGCAUUUAGCCGGGGCUAUCAAUUGUUUCGUCUGCUGUAUGGCCUUCAUGGCCAAUGAUCUGGAAGCACAUGUGAGGCAAAAACACAAACGUAAGCUUUUUUUCAUUUCAUUCCUCUACGUUUUGUGCCUCAAAGUUCUUAGCCUGAGUGUUCACACUUGUUUAUUGACACGUUCGGUUUGCAGUUUGCAUUGCGUUCAUGUUUUUUCAGGGUUCCCCCGGUCGCAAUGUUUCAUUUGUGGGCGCAACUACUCGUCCGUCGACAACUUGCGUGUCCAUGUCAAAACUGUGCAUUUAGGUAAGGUGUUUGCUCUUCCCUGAGGACCGUUACGUCAAAUUUUCCAUGCCAUCAUACUCUAUCCUAAUAACCUCUGUACGCUUUUCAGGACUCUUCAAUUUCCAGUGCCCCAAGUGCCCCCGAGCAUUCUUCUACUAUCCCAAGCUCAUUAAGCACCUCGUGCUUUCUCAUCACUGUAAGAACACUAUCUCUGCAAUUUACGUAACUAUCAGGAGCCUGACCACCGAUUCCUUAGCUUUGACUCCGUAUCAUUGUGCGGCCAACUCCUGAUGUCUAAUUUAAGUACUUCUUCCUUUAAGUCAUUUUUGCCAUUAGUCGCAUUUAUUAUCUGUUAAUGCAUCUACCUGCUCUGUUAUUUGCAGGCGAUGACAUCCCGCCGAGGGAAGAAUGCCGUAUCGACAACAGCUCUCUUCGUCCUGCCCGUAGGUCUUCAACUUGUCUGGGAUGCAUAUUUCCGUCUAAUAUUUCUAAUUGCCGGCUUCUCUAAUUUAAUUAGUUUUUACUGCUAGGUAUUCUGUGUAGGUGCUUUUUGUGCAUAAUAAGAAUGAGGAGAAGGGAUCAUCUGAAUCGUAAGUAGAUUUCAACGUCGUAUCGAAAUCAGAGGAGUUUUCAUCGGUGUACGACAAAGAAGGUCACUUGCUCCGAUAACACACACUGCCCUGCAGCUAUGGGAAGGUGGCAUUUGACCGACAAUUUACUGAUUCGGCCUCAAACACUUAAAUUCAGUGAAACACGAUGACAGCGCGUCCUGCAAUGGUGGAGACUUGCACUCAUUUGCAACGUCAGGAAAUCCAACUUGUGAUUCCUGAAUCUCGUCUUUUUUCUCUUAUGUUGUUCUCGUUUGUGUAAAAUGUCACCCUCUUCUAAAAGCAGACUCUUAAAAUAGGCCGUGAGCCGGGAGCAACCAUCGCAGUUUACCAGCAGCACGUUCGAGAUGGAGAAUCUCGAUGCCUGGCCUGCAGGACUGUCGUUCCGACCGAACAUAUGAAAAAGCAUGUUGAUGAACAGCACACCUGUAAGUCUACUCGACCAUGUCGAACAUCUCUUUUAUCGUCAAGCUACCACUCACUGGUGCGUUCUUUUGACGCUUCCCUCCUGCCAAAACAGCUUUCCCCCGAACCCGGUGCUACCUUUGUGGAGCCCGAUUCGAUACCGCUGCUGGAGUAGAGGAGCACGUACGGCGCGUUCACUUUGGUCAGUUGCUCCACCUGAGUUUACUUGCCCUUGGCUUACCUGCGCCGUUGUCAAACCUUAAAUUUACUUGUACAGGAAUAAGUUGAAAAGUGGGUAAGCAUUCUUUCGAGCUGGUUUGUAUGCUGGUAGAGUAUACGGAUAACGGAAUUGCUAAGUGACAUCUCAUGAUAUUUGAGCUGCUCUCCUCAGGGCGAGACAUUCCAGACAUCAGCGUACCUUAAAGAAACUUAUGCGAAAAUUAUCUUGCAUUGCUAGAACAACCAUCCUAUCACACAAACAGAGUGAUGUUAACAGCUUACUUAGUCGAACGAGACACUGCUCAUAGUACGAAGGCUGCCGAAUAAGAUUUGACUAUUUGUUCAGCCUAUUUUCCCGAAAUGACUACCCUACAGACUGUGGCUUGGAAGGCUGCUGACUGACGCCCUAACUCAGUCCACGCAGUCUGCCCAGUCGUGCGUGCGUAUGUGAGGAGUGGCAAACUGGUGGGCUGAGAGCCAGGCUGAAGCGGCUGCAUCUUGACGUGACUUACGGCACACUCACGCAUGUGAGAUGUACGCCGCUCAACCCUCGUUGGGUGAAAUCUUGGUGCUUGUGUCUAGGGAGCCAGGUCGUGCAUGUGGCGCGCGCAGACAAGGUCACUAGAUAUGCCAGCCAUCGCGCCCAUUCCCCGCACCUGUCAACUGAUCAGCUCGGACAGUGGCUGGGGUCCGGGAAUGGGAAGAUAGAGUGAGCUCGACGACUCAGCCCACUUUCCACCUCACUAUAAACAGUCUAACGCGCUUGAAACUCAUAGUGGGCUAGAAGCCGUGGUUUGGAAGGUUGCUAACUGACGGGUUAACUUUGGCCUCGCAGUCGGCCGAGUGUUGUGUGUUUGUGGAACGGCCAACUGAUUGUCUAAGAAUCAGGCUGUAAUGACUCCUUUAUGGCACUCCGGCUCCGUGGGGUCCGAGUCAGGUGUGACGGCACGCCGAGGCACGGCUUCGGCCGCGCCAGGUCUCUUUGUUGUUGGUCAAAAUCCUGGUCAUUUGUUGUUUGGACCAGAGGGUGUGGAGUGGAGCGCCAAGGUACGGGCUCAAAAGGGCCAUCCACCUGCGUCUUCGUUCGCCUCCUGUCCUCUUGACUCUGUCUUGAUACCGGGUCCAGGUGAGGGAUAAGGAGUCUAUAUUCACUAUAAGUCACUGUGCGUGCUGUGGAGCACACGGUGAGCAUAGUCGGCACCGGCGAUCGAACUAACUCUUCAGACUUUGUGUGCCGAUGCAUGAGACAUGAAAAACCACAAGAACUAGCUCGUUACGAUCUGCCGUCCAAACCAAGAGACUGGAGAACACUUCCUUUUAUUAUAAAUGCGUACGAAAUCGUUGAAAGACACCCGAGGGAGCACUAAAUACAAGUGGCGCGCGAACCGAUGACUACACUACGCAACCAACUUAUACACUACGAGGAUGGGGCUGGCUAUUUUGGAUAAAGAACGGGUCUACAAGAUUUCACUUCACACCUGCGAUGCAGUGUAUUGUAGUCAAACUGGAAAAUCAGCCUCUACGCGCCUACACGAACACCAACUGGAGACGAGACUACUUAUCCCAAAUCACCAUACAUACGCGAAGAACUGGACACAAAUUUUCUUGGGAUUAGACGUUCAUUGUCGGUUUGUGCCUACAUGAGAAAGGCCGAGAAUUUCUGGAGGCCAUACACUCAGAUGAUUCAUGUAUCAAUCGGCACAUCGAAAGGACAGAGGUGACCUUAUAUCGACGGUUCAUUUGCUGCGAGGGCUCGAGUUAGAUGUCAACUGGGAAACCCUUUUGGAAAUGACACCAAUAACUAAUCACAGAUGACAUGAUUGCCUACGUAAGAAGGAAGUGUGCCACAUCAGUUGACGUUCAUCCUUUUUUCUCACAGAAAGUCACUCGCCUACCGCGAGUGUGUUCAAGAAACACCUGGAUAGUCACCUAUUAAAGUUGACCGAAACUCCCAACCCCAUCUAUUUGGUUGCUGAAAUGACUAUUAAUCCGCCACAAACAAGAUUUCAGCAGUUCGUUUGUUCAAAAGGCCAUUUGGGGAGCAUACGUCUGCAUUGAAUUAAUUCACUUCAGGUCUGUACAGUGAGUGAUUGAUCUUAUGAAAUGUUGACUGAAGGAUUACCUAGGCGCUAUUGUAAUACUGAUUAUCUUGCGGCAUAAUCCUAUGAUAUUUCAGACUCGACAGGAUGUCAGCUUUUGAAUACACUGCUUUUCGAACCCCUGAAGAAACCGUGCUCGGUAAAAAAUGACUAAUUAAGUAGCGUGCCUUUUUCCUAUUGAUAUCUUGGCGGGAUAUUGCCAGGCAUCAAAAGCAGCCACCUGACACUCUCCCAUGCGUAGAAAGUGUAUCUGAAUUUGUCGAUAGACAGCUGAGAAAAUCGUUGUAUGCAAAUAGCCACACCAGCUCACGAGUACUUUACGCACACAGAUUAUGACUCCAAGGACAGGGUUAACUGCCUCGAUAGAUGGGGUUGUCUAAAAAAGUCAAUGUGCCAGUUGUGAUGCUGUCUAUUACGGUCAAAGCGAGGAAUCUACCUCCACACGUAUAUAAACAUCAUCUGGCGGUCAGGAAACGAAACCACAUAUCCCAGGUGACCGUGCGCCUUGGGCACAAAUUUGUGUAGGAGAACAUUCGUAUUGUUGGCGCCUGCCCCAUAGAGAAGGACCAUGAAUUCCUGGGUGCAAUGCACUCAGAUCGGGUGUGCAUCAUUAGGCGUAUCGUCUUAAAUGCCACUUAGAAAGUCAUCAAGGUCAAAUGGAACUGAACGCAGCCAAUCCCGACGGGAGAAUGAAAUACAUUUGACGUGUAUUGGUGCAGGCUUCUGCCAAACACAGAAUCUCUUCUUACGCACGGUUAUGUAGCUGUUUUUAUACAUGACCCAUAUGUCUGGCGAUGAACUGAUGAGGUGCGCUCAACGAUUGGGUUACCGGGCAUGCUCGUCCCAUUGUGUUUUGAGGUUUGAUCGUCGGCAACGACGGCCGAACUGUUUUGUGUGUGCGUCCCCCCCUCCCUCCCAAACGGCCACGUGGUAGAUGGGCUGGACCAACACAGGGCCUUAUCGGAUUCUGGUUGGCGUUAUUGGAAUGCGCACCAUAACAGAUGCCAACAUCUCGGAGUGCGGUUGGAGACCCAGUUGCCGGCAGGCGUCGCGCACAUUGGGACCCCUGCGGCCCUCCCCCUUGUUUUUGGUCAAAAUCCUGGUCAUUUGCUGUGUGGACCACGGGGUGUGGAGUGGGACACCAAGGUGCGGGCUCGACCGCGCCAUCCACCUGCGCCCCCCCCCCACCUCCGGUCUUCUUGACUCUGUCUUGACACCGGGCCCAGGUGGGGAAGGAAAGAGCGUGGUAGACGCUGUGCAAGUCUACAUUCACCAUAAACUAAUUCACGCACAAGCCACCGUCCCUGCUUCACCAUGCUGUGGAGCACACGGUGGGCAUCGUUGGCAACGACGGUCGAGCUGUCGUGGUUCGAUCGUAGAGGCCUUUCAGGCAAUCGCACCGCGACUAGUAGUAUAGAUUUAAGGAGACUACCAACAAAGACAAGUGAGACCGGGGCUACAAACUAAGGUUUAAGUGGUUCGUUAGGAAGGUAACAAACCUUAUUCUGCAAAAUGUUCUGGGCUGAUUCCUCAAACCGUUGUUAAGCGCAUGGUAGCUGUGCAAAGUAGUUAGUCUUUUAAGCGUGCCUAAAAUAAGCGCUUGAUUAUCGUUUAUGCCAAUCAUCGGACGCUGUAUGCCAUCACAUCACUUAAACCGGCUGGCGCAUCAUCCAUUUUUCUUUAAAUUUUUAUACGCAACAUCCAACUAGAUGUACCGACGGAUGAAUAAGUCGCCCCAGUGUAAAAACCGACAAAUUUUCUGUCCUUCCCUGGUGAGGAAACACUGACAAUACGCGUUCUGUCCCAAGCAAGUGUAUCCGAUAUUCGGAGCACGCAUUGUUACCCGGGACUUAUGGUCUUACCUCUUCAUUACCCAUUGAUGGGAAUAUGUGCAUAUGGAGGUUGAUUUUUCAGUCGGCCAGGAGUGUACUGUGUUGUAGAAUUUUGGAAAGGACUUCUUUCGUAUCCAGAUGGCUAACCUUGUCCUUAAGGUGUACAGACUGGGUGCUUGGUAUAGUCGGUUUGUGCGCCACUUGUUCCCUCGAGUGUUUUUGAACGAGUUCAGACGCUCUCCUAAAGAGAGGGACGGUUGCCCAGGUUGUUAGUUUGACCGUCUGACUAGAUUUACUUAUUUUCUCUUUUUUUCUCAUGUUGUCUCACGCAUGCAUGUGUGCACACUUAACGUCUACUUUUUACUUUUUUCAGGCGAGAACUUACACACUUGCCCAGAGUGUGAAGAAGACUUUGAAGAUAUUAAUGAGUGGCGAGAGCACCUGGAAACAGUUCAUGAACGUGAGUUCCUCCUUUGCGGCUUUGACUUUACAAAUGAACCGUAGUUACAGUAACCAUUAAGUAAAUUCUGACACGUAGACCUCGCAAGUUAUCUUCUCGAGCACGUUCUUUUGGCUCAUUUGGUCUACACUACUUUCCAUUCCGAUGCAUUCUCACUUAGGGGGGGUUAUUGACAAGCAAAAGCUUGCAGGGAACUAGCGUAUUUAACAGCAGUAUGAGGGACGACAUAAAGUUGUGCAUCCCGGCCUGCAGCCUAAUUUGAUCUUAUUCGUUACCAGAAAAGCUGAGGCUGUAGUGUUUGCUUUAAAUGAUGUUGUGUAUGUCCGUCUGCAGCACCUAUAAAGAAACAGGACUCCUUUCUAAUUUAGUUGACAUCCAGACUCACGCCACCAUAACCGUGCCUUGUGAUGAGUAACCUUCGUUUCUAACUACUCAUCUGUGAGCAGAUUUGUCUGCCCCAGUGACCGUAUUGUAAAGCAAUUUUACGCCCGUCUGGCUAAUCAGAUUGAUGUACCACUUCCGGCUCUCAGUGCCAAAUGCAACCGUUUGGGAAUGCUAAAACGUGUAGUUGUGAGAACCUAGGUCUGGUGGGAUAGAGAUUGUUAUUGACCGCUUAUAGUGUAGUUGUGUUCGCGAAUACUGCGCAUAUUUGUUUCAUAUGAGCCUUUUCAACCGGAUUUCUGAGUUUGGACUACAGUUCUGAGGUUUUUUUACUUAACCUCGGCGGUCGAGUAGAUAAACACUAACAGCUCACGAGCACGGGAACAACCUGGUUCUAGGUAGACGCCAUCUAUACAGAACUUAGUUGAAUUCUUGUUGAUCUUUUUUACGAUCCAAAUUUGUAGGUCAGACGAUGUACAAGUGUGAACACUGCGGAAGGGCAUUUGGAUGGCGAAAAUUCCUUCGGUGCCAUAUUCGCGAACAUCACCCUGGUAAGCCUCUUCAGUGGCUGGAGCAUGUUCUGUCUGCUACCUUUGCUGUGACCUACACUAAUGUCGGGCCGCCUUAAAUUUGGCGACGGGAACCGGCAAAGAUGAAGUGACUGUAUGUUUACACCCCUGACAAACUGCAACAUUCUGGAACGUGGGAUGUCGAAUACGUGGAGCAAACGUUAUACUAGAAAUGAAUUAGAUUAUAAAUAAAUAAAGAAUUUUUUUAUUAAAAACCCGUCGGGGUCCCAUCAAAGCAAGUAAAAACAAAUUUACAUACGAACUUUAGACGAGGUAGGCAGAAUCUGUACAAAAUGCAAUUCAUAGUUUCUGAAUUUUUAGUCCGUUCAGAAAAAUGAUGAGCGAGCGGUGAAAAAACCACUUUAAAAUUUAAAAAUUAUUGGAUUAAUUUUACAGGAGAAAAAAACCCUCGCUAAUAAUAACACAAAAUGCGGGCAGGAUUAUAAUCGGACAUCUGCUGAUUUUCAGUAGAUUGUAGGGUGGGAGGUCGACAUCCGUAGUUUUAGAUAACUCGGGCCUGUAGACUGAGAGCCAGGUCCCAGCGGCGGCAACUUUCACUGAUGUACAAUGUCGGGAGACAAGGACCGAGCUAUGUGGAGGGUAGGCGAACAGCAAAUAUGGGGUACAUGUAGAUGAGGGUUUUGUGGCAGGUCACCUCUUGCAUCCCCGCCCGUUUCCAGACAUUUUAACUUCGUCCUGCCAUUUGAUCACAGUCUAUGUAGGAAGAUAGUGUGAUGUAGGUGCUACGCAUGUCUUACUGGGACAGAAAGCCCCUGCAAGUCACGGCUCUUUUCGUCAAAUGCGACAGCCUAUCUGUAUUUAUUUGAAAUUGCAGGGAGUAAUAGCCCCAUUCGUGUAUUAUUACGCGUACUUGAAUGUCGACGAGACUCCUCAAGCACAAAGCCUUGUUUUCUGUAGGUGCCAGCGGUUCACUAUUUGGUUUGCGAGCAGACUUCCGCGCGUCAAAGACCACGUUGCAGGAAGAAGUGGAAAGGCAGCGUAAGGCUUUCUACUUUCUUAUUUGAGCUAAACUUGGAUCUUAAGUAUUUCCAAAAUCAGAGUUUGGCAAGUGGGCUUUUUUUACUUUCCCCAUUCCUCUGCUUGCGUACAGUUAGCUUGGCCGAAGAAAAAAAGGCCGCGAGACAGGGUCGAAAAAGUGACGAGUCUGCGAAACAUGACGAUUCUCUGGACGACUCUGAAGGCAAGUUCAUUGAAGCGAGUUCACAUUAUGGCCCUCUUUGCUAGGUCAGAUCUGGUUUUAGUUUGUCAUAACGCAUCAUGCACCUGUUUACCAGUGAUCGUCUUUGGUCAUGCAGACGAAAGUGCUGUCCUAGUUUGGCGCUCCUCACCCUACUUCGCGCCUCUCAGUUGUUUUAAUUUUAUUACCAUUUACAUAUUUUACAAAUGAUAUUUUAUAUUUGUGUAUUGUCUUGGUUGCUUCAAGGCUACUUUCUGCACCAACAGCAUUUUUGUGAAUUGUCCUAAGUUUGUCACUUGUAUAAAUUUUGGCAAGCACGCAGUAUGCGACCCCACUCGGAAUAAUAAUCCAGGUCUUCGUGUAAUACGGAAUUUAUGGGUGAGGCUUAACGUCGGAAAGGACUUUAAAUACAAAUUCACAGGUGGAGGAAGCAGAGAACUAUUCCCUAAUAGAUCUACUAGAUAGGUUAGACCACGGUGCGCACAUUCACCAUCCAACUCUAAGAGUUUUGGUUGACAAAAAUAGGAAUCCUGCUGUUUUUCGCGUCUGAAUUCUAUCUCACUCGAUGCAGAAACCUCCGAACUUUCGCCAUCUUGUGCUUCGCCAGACCAUUUGGGUCACCUACAGACGACCUCGCCGUAGCCCGGGGCAUUAAUGAGAGGACUGCUGCACUCAGAUCCUGACUGGUCGCCUAUUACUCUUGCUGUGUUCGUCUAAACCAUAGCUUUGGAUGCUGUGACUUGUGUAUAAACCGCUCUCCUAUUGUUUCACGCAAUAUGGGUCCCAGGGGUUAUCUCAGGGUUCACCCUCUAUCCCCCCUUGCCCAACGUGUUUUAAUAUUGUUCGCUCGUAAAGCGCUAUUGGUAGCUUCUCAGGAUUCGAGUUUCCGUACUGUUCAGUAAUUGACAGGUCCUUCUGGCAUCAAUCAGAUACGUUUUCGUACUUCAUAGUUACUUGUUAUCCCCUGUCUAUAACAUUAACUGUGUACAAGGGGGUGGUUUGCCUCUUGAAGGAAUAACGGAUUACUUUCUCCAUUUAAAGAUCAAGUUUCGUGACAUAAGUCGACAGAUAAGCUGCACAGCCCAAAAGAAAUUCCACGGACUCCUCGAGUCCCUAUGCGCGGUUGUGCUUCUGACCCGCUGUGAAUAGCAUACACGGGGGCACUUUUGUGCCUCACAUUACAGAGUUAAAAACACAGCCAAGUCGCGCCCAGCAUGACGCUCCUCUGCGUCGACCCGUGCAUCCUUUUUGCUUUUUUUCCUGAGCAUCAUUACAUAAAGAAGGGCGGUCCCACGGCCAAUUGUUUCAUCAGCAUUGUUCGAUCGCCUUGUUUUUUUGUGUAGCAGUAAUCUUUUAGCCUACUUCCACAAAUAUCUGCUUUUAGUUUCCGGUUUUGCGCUCCUUAAUUGAAAUUGAUUGCACUGGUUCUUUUGCAGGCUAUUCACAAUCGAUGAGUCUCAUGGAGUAUCAAUACGAACUUGCAGAUACUUGGAAUCAACAACCCAAUGCCGAAGGUACUGCGGCUACCAGAACCGCUCUCCACAAUUUUUUGCUCUCCCCUACAGCUUUCCGCUUCACGUCUGGGCCUCCGUUGUUUAAUGCUCUACCGAGACUACUCUUUCUCUCGUCCCAUCCAUUCUACCGUCUGUACUUGUUAUUGGGCAACAUUUUUAGCAUAUAUUUUAACCCCGAGGUGUGUGUGUGGGGUGUUGGAUCUCAACAUGCGUUCUUUACUCUUGCUUUUUUUCCUUAAGAUGCCGAGACGAAUGAAUUGAAGGGCCCGAAGAAGGCGAUAAACGUCGAUUUCUUUGGUCGUAAGUAUCUUGAAUUUGCCCUCAUUAGGUGUUCCCUCGAUAGAAAAGCGUUUUUAAACUUGAAACGGCCUGUCAGCUACGGUUAUCUUAUUACUGGAUAUUUUAUCUACUCUGAAGGGUCGCAUUCUCUCGAUCCAUUUUGCUCUAACUACCACUUACACCACUUCGAUGACAAAGGAGCCCAAUUAAAUUGUUAAUUCAACAUGUAGUUAAUAUCGGGAGCAUCUUCACUACUCGUGGCCAGCUUUUCACGCCAAAACAGUGUUUUGAGACGAACCGACCGCUUUAAUGCAAUACCUGCCUUAUGCUAGAAGAGAGCAGGUAUAUUUUGCGGCUGACUACUGGAAAAAAAUGUCCGGGUAUCCGUUGAAGGCUACUGUAGUCCUACAGCCCUCGGGCAACCGCUUUGUCCCUCAGUACUCUUUCAGUAUUUGUCUCAGGCAUCGAUUAGAACCGUGUGGAGUAUCAUUCUUCGACUAUACUAUCCACCGAUUGUUUUCGUUUCGUCUUGCUAAAUCUCGCCCCGGUAUUUCCUUGUACCUACCCUUUUUGCGCUUAUCUGUCUCCGCUGGCAUUGUCCACUAAUCGGCAGACCCAUUCAAAGUGGAUAUUGCUACCUCCUUUUAGCCUCUGUCAUCGGCAUGUGUCCCAUCUGCAAGAAAAUCCUGCAUGGCAAGAAGUCCUUGAAGACGCACAUUGAAGCCAUUCAUCACCGUGAGUCUUAACCCAUUGUCUUGAUCCUUUGGUCUUUACAACUUUCUUAAGACUAAAUCCAAGCUUUGACGUUUUGAUGUGUCUUUGCUCAGUCAAACCCUUUAAUUUUUCCUCACGGCCGAACAGGGGCGGUGACUUGCGCGUGAAUUAUUUUGUGAUGGCACCAGACUUGCGAAGCACCUACCGCACUCUCUCCCCACCCAUAUCUGGUGUCGGGACGACAUCAAGAAGACCGGGGGCGUGAGAGCGCAGGUGGCUGGCCCGGUUAAAACCCGCGCCUAGGCGGGCCACUACAUCCCCUGGUCUGUAACAGACACUGACCAGGAUUUUACGCAACACCAAGCAGUUCGGCGGGGGGGGGGUCCCACGGAGUGGGAGUGCCAUAGAGGUCACAGUAGGGAGCCAUCUGAGCCGGACUCUCGGACCACCGGUCGGCCACUCUGUACAAACACACACUGCGAGGUCUGAGGUCCAUCGUCAGUUGGCAACCUUCCAAGCCACAGAGCCUAGCGCACUCUGAUAGUCUCAACAUUUAUACCCAUCAACACAAACAGACCUCUGUCUUUAUGCUCUUCUAAACCCUCACUUUUGACUUACUAACCUAUAAAUGUGCGCUCUUCACUGUAUUGCAGAGUUGAAGCGUUUCGCCUGUGACCUUUGCGAUCGUGCCUUUUAUGCCCGCUGUGAUCUGCGGAAACACAUUGAGUGUGUCCAUAAUGGCAAGUCUCUUUGCGCUUCUCACUGCUUCAGGCGUCUUUACUCCCAUUUUUAAACGUCUCGCCUUUUUACUUCUGAAUUCGACGAAUCCUCAUCCUUUUCAUGGAAUGACGCAGUCUGAGUUCCUUUUUUAAGCGUUAAGGAAUUUUAACUCUAGCCCUUCCUCUCUUUUAAGGUGUUAAACCCUUUAGCUGCAAUGAAUGUGGCAAGGGCUUUUUCCUACAUUCCCAACUGGCCGCCCACCUGGUCAACAAACAUAAGGGUACGAUUGCCUUUGCGAGGAUGCGAAUCCACUUUUUGGGGCUUCGUUAACCUCCUGCCUGUUUGAUAUUGCUCACUAUUUUAUUUGGUCCUCUCGAUUCCGUACUGUUGCGCCAAGUACCUUAUCUCCUCCUUCGUAUGCGUUUUAAGACACCCUGACCACGCCUCAUUGUGCAUUUUUUUCGUCGGCCUGUAGACAACCCCGUUCGCUUAACGUUUAUUCCAAAAUUUCAGCUACGCUGCCGUUUAAGUGCAAUGAGUGUGGUAGACGCUACGCCAUCAAACAGGUUCUCAAUGAUCAUAUGUACCGCUUCCACACUGGUAUGUUGAAUUUGCUCCUCUUGUUUCUGCUCCUUUGCUUUGGUAUUGUGACUUUUUCCGCUGAAAAAUACCUAGGCAUAAAGAUUUCAUACGGAAGCGAACGUUUCCAGAUGUGAUUUGUUCAAAUAGGUCUCUGCUAAUUAUAGACCCCCUUUUUUUAAGAAUAUUGAAUUGGCAUGGCACCGCAUCCGUAGGCAACCGCGGGGCUUAUUUAUGCGCAUUUAAGGCAAAUCUUUUUGGAGACGCAAAUUGUCCCGACGUCAACAGAUUCCCUUGCGUAAAACGGGCCAGCAUUUCAUAUGAGUCUUUUUCAGACAUCCAAUGCUCAGCCUGAUGCUCGACAGGAUUGCGGUCAGUAGCACGUCCCAUUUAACUACCUCGUUGAUUGGACUACUGGAAGGGCUCUACGCGGUUUUGACAGCGUUGCAUUUGCACUAGGCCGCCGACUGGCUGACAUCAACUACACCGGUGGUAUCUCCCUGCUGGUAUCAGGCUAUGAUGACCACUAAAUUCCGUUUCUCGGAAAAACGAGUCUCUAGAUUGAUCGCUGGGAAGACCUGUGUUUGAUUUUCGUCUCUGACCAGGAGAGGGUUCUCCUUGUAAUUGAAGAAGUGGACGGAUUCCAACAUUUCUGGACAAAGUUACUGCUAACUGACCCAGUGUAGGAUAGCAUAAUCACCCGAAUCGGUGCUGUUCACAGGAUUAUCACAGACCCUAGGUGUUUUUGUACCAGCCAUAGUAUCCUCAGCUCAUGAAGAUCUGCGUGUAUCAGGGCAUCCGCCAGUAAAGUCCUCAUACAAGCUUGCCGAUGCUAGGAUGUGCGUGUGUGUAUGUGGAAGAAAAACGAAAGCCAGUGUUGGUUCACUGUUGCCGGGUAACGAUUCCUCGAACUAAGUACACUGGCUCUAUCUCGAAUGAUGCAGUUCGCACUCGCUGCAACUGCAUCUCGAGGACUCCCCAGGCUACCCAAGAAAGACGAAAAAGGCGGUCUGGGUCCAUGUUUCGUUGCCUGCCCCAUGAAUUCAGUGCUGUUGCCCCUCGUCGGACGCCCUGACAGUCCGUUAGGGCAUGGAGAUGGUUCUUGGACUAUCGGUCCUUGUCGCCGGAGGAGAGUGAGUCGAGCUGUCCGGAUCCCCUGUCGCGGAUGGCCACACAUGGAAAGUGCAAUCCGAGACAUUGUCGGCGCUGGCCAGAUCAGGCGUGAUCACAGCCGUGUCAGGUACGAGUGCAUAAUCAUGACAAAGGAUGAAAGACGCGUGAAUACUUCGAAAUAAUUUGCCCAAUAUGUAUGAAAUAACGUCAAGGUCUCAGUGAGUAAUAAAUACAGAAACGGACGCAGAAGCGGAGAAAGUAAGACUACAUCUCCAGUUUAGAGGAUCAGGUGAAUUGUACAGACACCGAGAUUGCUAGGAAGGGAGAUUAACCACGCGAUCCACGUGUUCCUGCUAGUCGACUUUAGCCUUUUGAUUAUAAACUGUUUCAAACAGCUCAAGGUCCGAGUUGUUUGCGUGCGCAAUAAGACUCGGGAAGCUAAGUGUCAAUGUAAUGUCCUCAACCUCCGACAUUAGAAGUUAUACAUUUAAUAGCCGCACAUGCGUUUGUCCAAGUGCAUAUGGGUCCGUAGACACAAUUGGAAGAUGUACAGGCGGAGUAUGUGCAGUCGCUUUGACUGGAAUGUGUUCGUCAGACUGAAUAAUAUAAAACAGCUUGCCAAAUGUGUCCUCUCAAUGGCACAACGUAACCUCUGUUUGAUUCAGCUCGGAACAUUGCCAAUCUCAAAGGACAACGAUACUACAACGGCAUCUUUCCUGACAGACUACUUCAUCAAUGUCACGUGGUACUAACGUUUACUGAUCUUUUCUGAUCUCAGGACUUUCGACAAACUAUUCCGUUUUGUCCCGAGGCUUUAGUCUAGAGCCCUCCGUGGUCCAUUAGGGUUACUGACAAACACAUGUAAGACUCCGUGUUUGUUAUUUAUCCAUUAAGGAGCCUCCGUGCCCCUUAAUGUCGAAUAAAUCCAGACCACUUAUACGCCGGCAGAUCCUUUUCCCAGGAGUCUUCUUUAAAGUGAUUCUAGGCGCCGUAGACCCGUUCUCAUUUAUUUUUAUUUGAUUUCUGCCACCUCCGCUCUCAGCCUGCUGACGGCACCUGUUGUUAUUUUCUUUCAGACAAACCUAAAAGGGUUCGCGUUAAUGGUAAGUUGACGCGAUAUCGAUAUUCAUGCAACACCCCGUCAUAUGCCCCAUCUAACAUUCCCACCCCUCUUUACGACCCGCCUCUUGCUUCCCUUGUCAAGGAGACCUCCAAACACCAUCUAUUCUGCGUAAGUCCUUUCUAUCUUUAAGUAGUUAUCAUUUCUACCUGCACCUGCUCUCGCCUCAGGCUAUAAAAUUAAGAUGAACAACCGUUACGAAGGAGACUUACUAGGUGGAAUAGGUAUAAAUUCCCUUCGCCAAUUUUUUGGUCCUCACUGCGGUCAAUAAACUUUGUGCGUUUUAUGUUGCAGUUAGUGUUUUUUGAAGGUAAAAUCCAUUUAGCGACCUCGGUUUGCGUUAGCGCCGUUCUUGGGUGUCAUUAAUCCUUCCACUUUAUCAUCGCAUCCCUCUGGCAGCAAAUCCACCAGUCUGUAAUUAUGCAUCUACCUCGACCUAGAGGCAUAGUUGGAAAUCCCUUUAACUUCGACGUGGUUCUGACUGACAGUUCGACCGUCCUUGCCGACGAGGCCCACCGCGUGCUCCACAACAAGGUGAAGCGGGCACGGUGACUUGCGCGUGAUUUUAUAGUGAAUGCAGACUUUCACAGCUUCUGUCGCAGUCUCUCCUGGACCCGCUGUCAGGAUGGAGUCAAGAUGACCGGAGACGGGAAAGAGCGCAGGUAGACAAAACAGUCGAGCCCUCACUUUGGCGCUCCACUCCACACUCUCUGGUUCACACAACAAAGGGAGCUGGCGCGGCCAAAGCCGUGCCUAGGCGCGCCGUCACACCUGGUUCGGAUCCCAUGGAUUGAAAGUGCCAUAAAGGAGCCAUUGCAGCCUGACUCUUAGACCAUUAGUUGGCCGAUUCAAAAACAUUCAACACUCGGCCGACUGCGAGGUCAAAGUAAACUCGUCAGUUAGCAACCUUCCAAACCACGGCUUCUAGCCCACCGUGAUAGCUUCAAGCGCAUCAAAUUGUUUAUAGUGAGGAGAAAAUGCGCUGAGUCGUCUAUCUCACUCUACCCAUUCCCAGACCCAAGCUAGUGUCCGAGGCGAUCAGUUGACAGGGGCGGGGAAUGGGCGCGGUGGCUGACAUAUCUAGUGACCUUGUCUGCGUGCGCCACAUGCACGACCUGGCUGCCUAGAUACAAGCACCAAGAUUUCACCCAACGGGGGUUGAGCGGCGUACAUCUCACAUGCGUGAGUGUGACGUAGGUCACGUUAAGUAGGAGCCGCUUCAGCCUGGAUCUCAGCCCACCAGUCUGCCACUUCACACGUACGCACGCACGACUGGGCAGACUGUGUGGACUGAGUUGGGGCGUCAAUUGUCAGGCUUCUAGGCCACGGCGCUUGACGCACCGUGAUAAUCUCGGACUCGGAUCGCAAAUAUAGGAGAGGAGCCGCAUGGAGAAGGAGCUGAAAAGCACUCUUCUCACUAGCGUGGGAAGUGGCAAUUGGACGCUUGCAAUGGAUGAUGGUGUUGUGUGAUGCGGCCUUGCGAGUCGCCCAAGCAUCCUGCAUCCCUUGCAGCCGCUGUUGCACAAGGCGGCGACCACGGUAGAAGGCUGCGUUGUCGUCGGUGGGGCGAUUGACGUAGGCUUUGUGCAGUCGGUUCUUCUCGGAGAGCAGGUUGCUGAUGGCGGCGCCGUUGUCAUCGAACCAGUCUUGGUGUUGGUGACGUGUGCGACCGAGGACAGCCACUGGAAUGUCUAGUUAAUUACCGAAAUGGAGAUGGUGGGUAGAGAACGACAACAAAGCAAUGUUCACCUUACCUGAGGGCAGCUUAUCUCGAGGUCUCCUGCGAGGCUGUAGGCGAAUCCUCAUUUCGGAGAUGACGAGACGAUGGUCGGUCCAUCCGUCGACAUCCGGAAUCACCUUUGUCUCGAACACAUCCCGCUGGUCUCACCUCCGGACGAGGACAUAGUCCAGCAGGUGUCAGCGUCGCGACCGCGGGUGCAUCCAGGUGGCCUUCUGGCGUCGGAAGGCAGAAGGUGUUGGUCAGGAUGAGGCGGUGUUCUGCGCAGGUUCGUGGGAGUAGGCCGUUGUCAUUGGAGCCGUCGAGACCAUGGAGACCCGCACCCCCCUUCGGGCAGCAUGGUCUGUGCCGACACGGUCGUUGAAGUCACCAAGGGCAGUCAACUUAUCUGCCUUCGGCAGAGUCGCCAGGACGUAUUUCCUGAGGGAGUCACGCACAAAAGUUUGGUGUGGAAAUAUUUGCUAUCCCAUCUAUCGGGCGUCACAUUGAGACAAACUCUUGGCUAAAGAUACGAACAUCUUUCUUUUAACUUGUAGAACAGCCAUCCCCAGCCCAACCUGCCCCCGAAGUCGCUCAGGCCUUCCCAACGUCACAGUCAGAAAUUUAUAUAAUUGGCAAUCAGAUCUACUUUGCAGAAAAUCUUGUCUCCGUCGCUGCAGGUAUGCAAUCUUCCCUUUUACCAUCUUAACUCACGCAGCUAUUCUUUUUCCAUGUCUAAGGAUUAUUCAUAAACAUUUUUUGUUCUCAACUGCAGUUGACAGCACCAGUGACGGAACCGUUGACCCUUCCACUCUUUACGAGACCAUACAAAUUGACGGUCAGCCAACCACAAUUGCCUUUGAGCAACCCACAGAUGGUGUUCGUACGUGCUCUUUCCCUUCAUUGUUCUCUCUUUGAAAGACGAACCCCCGUCAAUUACUGCAAAAUUAGCCUUUUCUGUUACAAGUGCCGGCCUCAAAACCACUACUCCUUCACAAUGCGCAUUUACUGGUGCAAAAAAAAAUGGUUCUUGAAGCCGACAUCACUUGCAAAAUGGAAACUUGAUUCGUUUAGUGACAUACUGUAUAUUGAUGUGAGUUCUGGAUCGCUAGUCGCGGAGAUCAUGUGGCGCGCAGGUCAAGCGAGAACUUCGUGUUCCCCAACGUGAUGUACACUAGGGUUAAUGACGGUUCGAAACUUUGCGACCCCAUGUCGAACUCUUAUUCACUGUCGACAACCUAGUAGCCUUAUCGAUCUCAUGGUUCCUUUUCCUCUAAAGUCACCACCUAAGCGUCGAGGGGCACGUUAUAUCGGAUAAAAGGCUCUUUAUAUCUGUCAAUAACCGUCGGCCUUCUUGUUAGACGGAUCACUCAGUUUAAUAACUGCUACACUUUUGAUUUGUUUGGGUGGUUUUGUCUAUCGCGAUCUUGUUUAACUUUUUCAGAAGCUGCCGGCUAUGUAACUGGUACGUGACUUAUCAAGGCAUUUCCCACGUUUUUCCUACGUUGCCUUACUCAUCCACUCGACUCGUUUCGGAGUUAUAGAACUCUUGAGUUUACUUUGAACUUCUCCUCUUACCUAGACCAAAGCCCUUGGUGUCAGUAGCUCACAGAGAAGGUGAAAGCCCGCCCUUUAACUUCUUUUACGGUUUUUUGUUUCUUUUUCUUUUCAGAUGGUAGUGUCGGUCCCCUAAUCGCUUUGGAUGUCAACAAUUCAGGUUAGUUUUAAACCCUUUUGGUAAAGUUGACGCUAUACCCCACCCCACCGCUUUUGGCUACACCUGUUUCCCAUUUUGGACUUUUGUCACCAAUCCUCGGCACUGGGGAAUUCGGGAGCACCUACGGUCACCCUGAUCUCCUCAAACUAGUGCAUAACAGUCCGCAAAUAAGGCACAUUGGCAUCGCACCAUCGUUGCCUUCUGACCUAACAUUGCGAAUAAGUGCACACUUUCAAGCGUUCCGUUCGAUUCGACUGCAUUAUCAUUAGUGAAAGUACACAUUGGUCAGCGGUUUAUACCGCAACCGGUACUAGUUAAACUUUCCUCAUUGGCUUCUGAUAUGCAUGCACAUCUUCGUUAUUGUAGAAACCAUUCUGCAUACGGAAGAUUUGGAGCAUCAGACCGUACUUGCUGGAGGUACUUUAUCCCUUGGAUAUUGCUUGCAGUCCUUUCAACCUUCUUUUAUAUCCGCUCAAAAUUUCCGCCUUGUGUUUAGCAAAGCCACAGACCGUGUUAACUACCGCUGCCCAAGUGGAAGGGGCCGAGGCGACGCACACUCUUCAGCCGGCUUUGAUCCAAGGUCCCGACGGCGUGAGCAUGCAGCAGGUCUAUCUUGCCUACCAACCCUACUAA